GUCCCGAGUAGCCCCGGUUGACGGUAAUAUGUUUUCAGUUUGGUACAAUUGUGUCCAUCUUACAUUCUCUACAUUUACAGCUAACAUCAAAAUAGAAAACAAUAUAGUUAAUAAAUACCAUACAAUGUCUAAAUCAAAGUAUAUUUGAAACUAAAUGUUGCACACCUCUAAAGUGCAUCAAAAUAAUUUUUAAUUUUAGUGAUGUAUUUAAAUGUUCUAUACUUUUGCUGACACAAUUAGUAAAAUAUUGAGCAUUGCAUCAAACCAAUAAAGAUGUUGUAGAGUUUUGAGUAAAAAAAUCUCCUUGGCACCCUCAAAAUGUUUGCCUGCAAUGCUACUGCUUAUCCUUUAUGUCCAACCUAACAUUUGUGCUUCAAAUUCUUACUUGGCACCUGUAAUGAAUAACUAAGCACCCAAUAGAUGCAGGUGCACAAUUAUUGUGGUCUUUUUAAAUUCUAAUUUUUUGGACUUUUUCACAGGCUUCAAUUUUCCACAGGCAAAUUCAUGCCUUGAAAAUUUGUUCUAACACUGGCCAUAAGUUUUUUUGCUAAAAGAUUUUGGUCAUAGGUUUUUUGCUACCUAUCACAUUGAAGUAAUUGGUUUUUUGAAACCACUUUCUGAUGUAGAUUUUUCUACCACAUUUUGGUGGUAGAUUUUUUUGCUCCCACAUUUUGGUGGCAGAUUUUUUGCUCCCAUAUUUUGGCUGUAGGUUUUUUGCUACUACAUUUUAUCAUGGCUUACAAUGUUAAACUCCUCCAGUUCUCUGAUGCUGCCACCGUAAGAGGCCGGGGAGCUGAGCUGAGCCAUCUUCAGGAGUCUGCUGGAUCCCAUGGAGUCAAGCAAGAAGUCACAGAGGCUGCUGAUCCAACUCCGGCUCUCGAAGCCAUCAGCAUCAAGAAGGAGGCUGAGUUUGCUAUGGAAGCACUUGAAGCCAUCGGCAUCAAGAAGGAGGACGAGUUUGAUAUGGAAGCCCUUGAAGUCAUCAGCAUAAAAAAGGAGGCCGAGAUCAAUACGGAAGCCCUUGAAGUCAUCAGCAUCGAGAAGGAGGCCGAGAUCAAUAUGGAAGCCCUUGAAGUCAUCAGCAUCGAGAAGGAGGCCGAGAUCAAUAUGGAAGCCCUUGAAGUCAUCAGCAUCAAGAAGGAAGCCGAGGUUAAUAUGGAAGCCCUUGAAGCCAUCGGCAUCGAGAAGGAGGCCGAGAUCAAUAUGGAAGCCCUUGAAGCCAUCGGCAUCGAGAAGGAGGCCGAGAUCAAUGUGGAAGCCCUUGAAGCCAUCGGCAUCGAGAAUGAGGCCGAGAUCAAUAUGGAAGCCCUUGAAGUCAUCAGCAUCAAGAAGGAAGCUGAGUUUGCUAUGGAAGCCCUUGAAGCCAUCAGCAUCAAGAAGGAGGUUGAGUUUUAUAUGGAUGGAGUAUCUGUGAAGGAAGAACUAUCCAUAAAUGAGGAUGAUAAGCAGGUUUCUCCAAGCGAGCCUCACAGUCCUGGUUGUGGUGACCAGCAAGCUCAGCCAUUGUUUGUGCCGUGCAAGAUGGAGCUUCAAACCGAGGAGGAUGUAGAUUCUUGUGCAUCACAAGACGUCAUCUCGUUCGUCUUUACUAUGCCUGGAAUAUUGGACGGCAGCGCGUCGCCCACACCAACGAGCGCCCCACAUGCUGCUGUUGAUCACGUCUCUGGAGCCUCCAACUCUGAGCAAUUUACUCAGAACCUCGCACAGCCCACAUGUACAUUGGUCAAGACAGAAGUGGUAUCCGAACUACCGCAACGUAAAUCAUCCUUCAAGCCACAUUCCUGUCCUCAUUGCGAAUAUUUAUGCAGUUCAGAGAAUGAACUUCAACUACAUGUUUAUUCAAAACAUUCCAAAGAAAAGCCGUAUCGCUGCUCUCUGUGUGAACAUUUUUGUAAUACGAAAAAGAGACUUGAUUACCAUAUUCUAACCAAGCAUUCACCACACAAACUUCUUUACUGUUCGCACUGUAACCAUUCUUGCUACCUGAAACAAGACCUUACUAGACAUAUCCUGUGUAUGCAUUCAUCAGAGAGACCUUUUCAAUGCUCAGAUUGUGACUUCGCUUGUGUCUCCCAAAGUUCACUGAAACGCCAUUUCCUUUCAAUCCAUGCACCGAAGAAACCUAUCCAGUGCUCGGAAUGUGAAUUUUCUUGUAUCUCGAAACAUGCACUGAAUCGUCAUUUCCUCGCUAAGCAUUCAUCAGAAAAACCCCUACAAUGCUUGGAGUGUGGAAAUUCCUACGUCACUAAAAGCGAUCUCAAGAUCCACGUUCUUAUGAAACACUCGUCGCAUAAAUCUCAACACUGUACCCAGUGUGAUCGUUCUUACAGCACCAAAGCACAACUGAACCGUCAUGUUCUACACAUACAUUCUGUGAACAAACCCUUCCGCUGUUCGGACUGCGAUUAUUCGUGCGUCAGGAAAGAGGUGCUAGAUCGUCAUGUUCUAGCUAGGCAUUCACUAACCAAGCCCCUCAACUGUUCAGAGUGUGAAUAUUCUUGUGUUUCCAAAAGGGAGCUGAAUCAACAUGUUCUUUAUAGGCAUUCACUGGAGAAACCGUUUCAUUGCUCGCAGUGUGAUUAUGCUUGCGUCGAGAAAAGAUUCCUCACUCGCCAUAUUAUUAAUAAGCAUCAAUCCAAGUAGCGAUUGAACUGCACUCUGUGUUAAAUUUCACUUGCUCCAUACGAUGAUGUUACGGACUGUGGUUAAUUUCAAAUUUGAGCAUUCAAACUCUUUCUUUUUCUUAAUGUACGGUAUUUAUUUGUUUGCUAAAAAAUAUAGACCUUUUCGUAAUAAUAAAUUGAGGGAAUGAUUUCCUUGCAUCUGAAAUUGUAGAGAUACGUGCCUCCAUAAGCUCGAUCAUAUAAUUCUUCCCUGCGUUAACAGCUCGCCUUUACCUUCUCUUGAGUGCUGGAUACACAAGCUAUCUUCAGACUCGGGUCUCCUUGGUAUCUGAUUUCAAACGAAUAUCUUUGAGUCUCAGUCAGCUCCAACCUAUAAUGACUGUGAAGGGCGUCAGCUCUAACUUACGAUGAUCGUAAAUAGAGUCAGCUCCAACUUAGAAUGAUUUCAAAUUCUAUCCAGUAACACGUCCGCAGUUGGCAGCAGCAAAGUACGCUUACAAAACUUGUGAUAAUUUUCGCGUAACUGUUCGCCUUUGUUUCAGGUAUCCGCACUCGAGGCUUAUACAUGGAAUUUUAGUGAUUUAAUGGAUAAUGUAUUUUUUUUUGUAUUUAAUCCUUGGAAAAUGGCCGUCGCUUAAAAUUCACAUUGUAAUUCGGACGUUGACGCGUAAGAGGCUCAACUGUAAAGCCAUUGUGUGUAAAGUGUAAAACAAUUUAGUCAGUGAUUUAUUUUUGUCAAAUAAGUAACUUUUGUAAAUACUACUGAGCUGUAUCUAUAGCUUGAAGAGAAAUGAAAAUCUAUUCCAUUUGUAUUGACGAAUAAAAUAUUUCGCCCGUCUGGCAGUGAUGUGACUUAAAAACUGUGCGUGAAAAAUAUCGAUUGAAGCCUUAAUUGUUCCAUAACUAUUUGGGCGAUGAUUCAUUAACAUUGUGAGUUUGGUGAGUAAAACUCCAGAAAUAUGUA